UUACUGAAGGGAAUCCAAAUUUAACUGACCAGUGCUGACCAGUUGCGUAAUUGAAAAGUGUUUAAAAUAUAACAAUAUCCUUAGGUGUGUCAGUAGUGCUUGAUCAGAGGAAGGGAUAACAUCUCGUGUUGGACGGAGUAACUUCCAGUAAAUUCAAUUACAGUGGUAAAUUUCCAUCAAGUGCCACCUAGUGCCACCUUCAGCAUGGCGGGUUCAGGAGUAGUUUGUUUGUUUGCGGCAUUAUUAGUUCAAAUUCUAGGCCAAAGUGUACCACCAGGAACUCCUUUCAUUGAAGGUCCUACUUACAUAGUAGUGGGCGAACAAAUCUCAUUAAAAUGUACAUCCACUGGUGGCAAUCCAUCACCUUCUGUCAAAUGGUUUGAAGGACCCACUAUGAUUGAUGAUUCUUUUCAACAGACUGGAAACAGAGUUGUCAAUGACUAUACUUUUACUGCUGAAAAGAGGCAUAAUUUGAUUGUCUUUGAAUGUCAAGUCGACAACGAAGUUCUUCAAAAUCCACUGACAUCAACAUGGUUUUUCCAAGUUUAUACUCCACCAAACCAACCUACCAUUACUGGACCAACAGAUAUAAUUGAUGGGACCUCUUCAACACAUGUAUGUGUAAGCACUGGUGGAAAUCCAAGUCCAGUCAUGUCCAUGCGUAUAGGUCAAACUCCUUUAACCGCAGCAGACGGCAUUGUUGAAACUACAGAAUUUUUGCAAGCAGACUUUUCUUACACAGUAACUCAAACCAUUACAUGGAACCCAACAUUAGCAAAUAAUGGUCAAACGAUUUUUUGUCAAGUGGACCAUGAUGAGACCAGAGCAAAUAAUCCACAAAUUGUUUCUCUUCAACUGACAGUCAGAGUGGCUCUGUCUAUUAAUGCACCACAACUGCAAUAUAAUCCAACCAUCGGAAACAACCUUGUCCUUCAGUGUGUUGUAACUGGUACUGCCACAUCUGUCACAUGGAGAAAAGAUAACAGUCAAUUGUUCAUAAACAACAAUGCCCGCUAUUCUAAUGGUAACACUGGUACCCCAUCUUUAACAAUUAGCAAUGUCCAGGCGUCCGACUCUGGACAGUAUGUCUGCUCAGCUACAGAUGGAUCCAAAACAGUCAACACUAAUGUCAUUACAGUGUCUGCUCAAUCUUUACCAACUGUGACAAUUCAGUCCUCAACUUACACUGGUCAGUAUGGAAACUCUGUAACACUUGUAUGUACAGUGUCCGCUGUUCCUUUCCAAACCAACGUUUAUUGGGAGAAGGAUGGCUUUGCUCAGAUCAAUUCUGGAGACAAUGGGUAUUCUGGUAGCACAACCAACAAUCCUUCUUUAACCAUUACCUCUGUGACAACAAGUGACCAGGGAACAUACAGAUGCUAUGCUACAAAUAUUGUAGGAACCGGUCAAAGUUCAACUACACAACUUACAAUUUCAGGAGGAUUACUCUCUGUGACCAUUGAUCAGCCAUCUUUAUCUGCUGUUCUGGGAAGUAACAGUGUCACAAUAGGCUGCACUGUAACUGGUCAACCCUCAGCAUCUUCAGUAUCUUGGACAAAGAACUCUGGAGGUCAAACCACAAAUAUCAACAUCGGCAAUAGUGGGAAAUACCAGGGAGGUUCCAUUAACAACCCAUCCCUGACCAUAUUUAACAUUGCCCAGAAUGAUGAAGCAAACUACGUCUGCAGUGCUACUAACAUUGCUGGAACAUCAUCCAGUCAAAACGCAUUCUUAGAUGUCACUGGAAAUAUACCCACCGUAACUAUCCCAUCUCCAUCCUACAGUAUUUUGUAUGGAAACCCAAUCACUAUUGAGUGUCAAAUAACAGCUAAUCCUCAACACACCACCGUAACUUGGCAGAGAAUUGUAAAUGGUGCAACAUCUACGAUUAAUCUAAAUAAUGCUGGCAAAUAUUCAGGUGGCUCCAUCAAUACACCAUCUCUCACCAUUUCCAAUACAGUGUCUUCUGAUUCUGGUCUUUACAGGUGCUCUGCUACAAAUGCAGUUGGAACUGGAAACAGUCAGGAUACACAACUUUCAGUUACUGGCAGUGUACUGACUGUCAACAUUCCCCAAAGUUCAUACACGGAGGAUUAUUCUGAUACUGUUACUUUAGAUUGUGUUAUUAGUGGAACACCAGCAGCUACUCGUGUUUAUUGGGAAGCCACUAAAUAUGGUGUCACAACUCAAAUUGAAGUGACAAAUUCCAUCAAAUACAGUGGUUCUUCUAUAAGUACUCCAUCACUUACAAUAACAAACACCAUCUUGGAAGAUGAGGGCGUUUAUAAAUGUUUUGCUGAAAAUGUUUUUGGUCUCGCCGAAAGUAAUCAGACGACACUGGAUAUAGUUGGUGGUAAUAUCCCUACUGUGACUGUAUCCCUGCCAAACUACAACACUAAUAUUGGUGCUACCGUGACAUUGGGUUGUUCAGUGAUAGCCACACCUGCUGCUAACUCAGUUUACUGGAAGAGAAUUGGUGCUAAUGGUCAGACCAUUGACAUUGAUACAAACAGCAAUAGAUAUGAUGGUGCUUCUAUUACAAACCCCUCCUUGGUCAUUUACAAUCCAGACUUGUCUGAUGAAGGCAAUUAUGUAUGCUAUGCCUCCAAUGCUAUUGGAACAGGAAACAGUCAACAAACAUUCUUAGAUGUUACAGGAAAUAUCCCAAAUGUGAAAGUUCAACAGAGUCUGUACACUGUCAACAUUGGCCAAUCAGCAACCCUGGAAUGUACUGUUACUGCAUCACCCCAACAUACCAUUGUUUACUGGCAGAAGGUAGUCGGUGGUGUUGCUACAACAAUCUCUACUUCAAGUUCUAACAGAUAUUCCGGAUCCACCGUCAAUAAUCCAUCUCUGACCAUCAGUGCUUCACAGUCCGGUGACGAAGCUUAUUAUAUAUGUUUUGCUAGCAAUGAAGUUGGAACUGGUCAGAGUUCUCAGACAUACCUUGACAUCAUUGGAAGUAUUCCAAUUGUCAACAUUGGCUCCAACUCAUACAAUGUAAACUAUGGAAACUCUAUCACAUUGGUAUGUACUGUAACAGCCAAUCCAGUCCAUAGCUCUGUAUCGUGGACCAAGAUCCAAAAUGGAGUACAGACUGCUAUCAGUAUUGAUGGAAGUAAAUACUCAGGUGCUACCGUAUCACAGCCAUCUUUGGUAAUCAGCAAUGCCGGCAAUUCUGAUGAGUCUUUCUAUGUAUGUUCUGCCACUAACAGUAUUGGAAAAGGCCAAAGUUCACAGACCUACUUGGAUGUUGUUGGAGAUAUUCCUGUUGUCCAAAUCUUGUCAAACUACUACAGUGUAGAAAUUGGUCAAUCUGUAAAUGUUGAAUGUGAAGUUCAGGCCGACCCACUCCAUAAUUCUGUACAGUGGAAGAGAGUUCUAAAUGGUGCAACCCAAAACCUUGAUAUAUCUAACGGCAACAAGUACAUUGGAGGAACCAGAAACACGCCAUCUUUGACGAUUCAAUCUACCGGUGAUAGUGAUGAAGGUUAUUACAUCUGUACAGCCACUAAUGCUGUUGGAACUGGAUCCAGCUCACAGUCCUAUGUUGAUGUAACUGGAAGUGUUCUCUCCGUAAAUGUUCCACAACCCUCAUACAGUGCCAACUAUGGCCAGAGUGUACAGCUAGUUUGCUCUGUAUCUGGUAACCCUCCAGCAACCUCGGUCUACUGGCAAAAGGUCAAGAAUGGUGUCGUUACAACCAUCUCAGCAAACACCAACCCCAAUAAAUACUCUGGCGUCACACUCAGCACACCAUCUCUAACAGUUCUGAACACUGAUGCUGAUGAUCAAGCCGUUUACACUUGUUUCGCUGAGAAUGCCAUCGGUAGAUCUCAGAGUCAACAGACACAACUUCAGAUUGUUGGAAGUGUUCCAUCUGUAACAAUUGGACAAGGAUAUACUGUCAACCUUGGAAGUUCUGUGACCAUCCAGUGUACUGUUUUCGCAACACCAUCAGCUUCUUCUGUCACAUGGAAGAAGAUAAGUCAGAAUGGCGCUGAAUCUUUCAUCAAUGUGGCAAAUUCUGCCAAAUACAAUGGUGGAACUGUAGGAACACCAUCCCUGACAGUCCAAAAUGCUGCUGAAGGUGAUGAAGCUUACUAUGUUUGCUCUGCUACCAAUGCAGCUGGAACAGGAACCAGUUCACAAUCAUUCUUGGACGUACUUGGAAGUCUCCCUGUUGUCACCAUUCCUCAACCACAAUACAGUGUUAUUGUCGGAAACGACCUCACUAUAGGAUGUACCAUUGAUGCCAACCCUGCACACACAAGUGUCACAUGGAGAAAGAUAGUCAAUGGACAACCCACCCAACUUAAUACUGCUGGUCGUAUCACUGGCUCAACCGUCAACAAUCCAUCAAUCACUAUUACCAGUGCUGUCGCUAGCGAUGUUGGAUAUUAUGUAUGUUAUGCUACCAACAGUGUAGGAUCAGGAUCAAGUGCACAGACAUACUUGAAUGUUGUUGGAAGUAUCCCAGUAGUAACUGUCUUGUCCACAAGUUACUCUGUCAACAUUGGUAACCCCAUCACACUACAGUGUACUGUGUCUGCCAACCCUGCUGCCACCGUUGUUAUGUGGCAAAGAAUUAUCAACAAUAAUGCUGUCAACGUAGACAUGAACAGUGGUCAUUACUCUGGAAGUAGGGUCGAUUCUCCAUCUCUAGUGGUCAGUAAUGCUGCAGCUGCUGAUGAAGGAUACUACAUUUGUAUGGCUAGCAACAGUGUAGGAACUGGACAAAGUCAACAGACUUUCUUGGAUGUUGUUGGAAGUAUCCCAACAGUAAAUGUACCAGUCCCAAAUUACACCGUAAACCGUGGAGCAUCAGUCACACUGGAAUGUCAGUAUAGUGCCAACCCAGCUGCUACAUCCGUAUCAUGGGAGAAAGUCGUUAACGGACAAACUUCAGAUAUAGUCCUCACUAAUCUCAAUAACAAAUAUGGUGGCUCAUCAGUCUCUUCUCCAUCUUUGAUCGUCAACUCUGCUGAGGAGUCUGACCAGGCUAGUUACAUCUGUAAAGUGACCAAUGCUAUUGGAACAGGAAUCAGUACUGCCACUAGCCUUGAUGUUGUAGGAAACAUCCCCGUUGUAACUGCCUCUCCAUUGGCUUACUCUGUCAACAUUGGUGAUUCUGUAACAGUUCAAUGUAGUGUUGUAGCUGAUCCCCUCCACACCCAGGUCUACUGGAGAAAGAUCGUUGGUGGAACCACUUCUAAUAUUAAUGUUCUCAACAGUAAUGGCAAAUAUGACGGAUCAACUGUAGGAGCUCCAUCUUUAAUCAUCAACAAUGCUGCUUUUGGUGACCAAGGAACAUACGUAUGUUAUGCUUCAAACAGUGUAGGAACUGGUCAGAGUACACAGGUCGUUGUAGCUGUAGCAGGAAGUGUACCUAGUGUCACCCUCUCACAGACCUCAUUCUCUGCAAGCUACGGUGAUGAUGCAACACUGGGAUGUAUUAUUUCUUCCAACCCUACCUACACUUCUGUUUACUGGCAAAAAAUUGUGACCGGAGAGACACCUACCACCAUUGAUGUGUCUAAUACCGCUAAAUAUUCAGGAUCUACCGUUGCCAAUCCAGAUCUUACCAUUAGGAAUAUCGGAAGUGGAGACAUCGCUAAUUAUGUUUGUUUCGCAGCCAACUCAGUUGGUACUGGAAGGAGUAACCAAGGACCUCUCAAUGUUCUUGGCAGUCCACCCACCGUUAGAAUCAGUCAGACAACAUACACAGUCAACAUUGGAAACACUGUUACCAUUGAUUGCUCUGUAAUCUCUAACCCAACUCAUACCACUGUCUACUGGACCCGUCAGACUUCUGGUAACACUGAAGAAACCAUUACAAUUGGUGGCAGCCUUUCAACAAAAUAUGGAGGAGGCAGUGUAGUUUCACCAUCUUUGAUCAUAUACAAUUCUGACAACAGCGACCAAGGCACUUACAUUUGUCAUGCUACAAAUCUUGUUGGAACAGGUCAAAGUUCACAAGCUUUCCUCAAUAUUGUCGGAAAUGUGCCAACCGUCACAGCAAGUACUGUACAAUCUGCACGUGUUGGCAGCUCCGUCAUCAUUACAUGUACCAUUGUUUCAAACCCAGCAGCUAUUGAUGUAACAUGGGCUAAGUAUAUCAACAACCAACCUACACCAAUAGAUAUCGUUAACAACAACCGACUCAGCGGUGGUACCACUACCAAUCCCUCAUUGACCAUUAAUCCCGUUGAACAGGACGAUGAAGGAAAUUACAUUUGUCAAGCACGUAAUGAUGUAGGCACAGGAUCUAGUAACCAGGUCUAUCUUGAUAUUAUUGGAGAUCCACCAUCAGGUAUUACCAUCAACCCAACAAAGAUUGUGAUUGAGGCAGGACAAACUAUCACAGCCACAUGCUUGGCCCAGGGAAGUCCAUCCAUUAUUUACACAUGGACCAAAGAGGGAUCCAUUACCGUCAUAAAGACUGGCAAUAUCUUAGAGAUCAACAAUGCUCCAAGGACAGCCCUAGGAACCUACACCUGUAGAGCCUCUAACAACUAUGGAUCUAUGGAAGCUACAACUAUUGUUGAUGUCCAAUAUGCACCAGUUGUUGUAAUUUCCGCAACAACAUCUGCAUUUGACGGACAGGGGAGACAAUCCAUCAACAUCCCAUGUUCUUAUAUGUCCAACCCAGCAGCUACCAGCGUGUUCUGGACCAAAUACAACCCAGUAGCCGGCACAAACUCUGGAAACACCAAACUCAUUGAAAUUGAUGGUAACAAGUAUCAAGGUGCUAAUUUGAACAGCCCAAGUUUGACGAUUUACAAUUUGGACAGAACUGACGCAGGAUCAUACAGAUGUUCAGCUUCAAACAUCAUCGGACUAGGAGAAUCUAAUUACGUCACUUUGAAUAUUGACACAAAUGCUGCCCCAUCAUUCAUAAGAAUAAGACCAUCCCAAGUGACCAUUGAAGAAGGCAAUGGAUACACCUUGACAUGUGAAGCCGAUGGUGACCCAUCACCUUUGUAUGAAUGGUACUACAAAGAUAUCAAGAUACAUGAAGGCCCUGUUCUUACAAUCAGCAAUGCCGCUUACAAUAACAAUGAUGGAUUACACACAUGUAAAGCUACUAAUGUUGUGGGAAGUAGACAGGCCACUGUAGAUGUUGAUGUCAAAUAUGCUCCAAUUAGUGCAGUAGAUCAAGCCAGUUUCAAUCCUGCUUUAAAUAAUGCUGUAACUUUGAGAUGUAAUACAUUAGCUAAUCCAUCAUCUACACAUUGGGAGUGGAAAUACAAUGGAUUUGACUUGGACUUCAAUGAGAAAAAUUACUUAGUCGACAUGGACAGCACAGCUGAUGUUGGAAAAUACACCUGCAUUGCCUUCAAUGAAGUUGGACAGUCAGCGGAGAUUGAUUUUACAGUUGAACUUGCUGCUGGUCUGACCCCAGCUCCAAGGAUAGUUGAAACAACUGUAUCUGCUGGUUUGACAGGAGGAGAGAUUGCUGCUAUCUGUCUGGCUGUUCUGUUUGGUAUCCUACUUAUUGUUAUCAUCAUUGUCUGCUGUGUUGUACAAGGAUGUUGCGGUCGUAAGCGGGAAAAGAAAGAACGUUAUAUUGAACGUGAAGUUAUUAGAACAGAAAUGCCUUAUAGAACAGAAACUAUUCCAGUUGUGAAAGAGCCAUCUGUUGUAUCAGUUAGAGAGGUUCAGCCAAGAAUCAGUUAUAUGGAAUCUGUACGGGAAGUACCAAGAAUAGGCUAUGUAGAUGACAGUUAUAGAUACAUGAGCACUCAACAACGCCCUUAUUACUUGCCAGUCGUAGAAGCUACUUAUGAUGAUGAAGAGUACCGUAAACAAAAGAAGAAGAAGAAGAGUAAGAAGAACAGGAUGUACGGACAAGACCUUGCUGCUGAUAAUGAAAUCUAUCUGGAAGAAAGAGUUGUCGGAUCAGUCCGGGGUUCUCGUAAAGGCGAUGAAAUCAUCACUGGACCUGAAAUGUACUUUGAAGCCGAGUAAAUAAGUUAUAUCUAGGACCUUAACAAAAUUUUUCAUUAUACAUAAUGUAAUUUAGGUUCAGAGUUGUAAUGAAUUUACCAAGGUAUCUUUGGAAGAUUUUUCAUUUCGAGCAAAGGACAUGUGUAAUAUAGUGCUAGAAUCUCAUAUAAAUAGGUACUAAUAAUGAAUCCGAUUUACACUGCUGUAAUUGAAAGGAAUAGUAUGCAAAAGUUUGGAGACAAAUUAACAUUGCGUAGAUUAUUUAGUACUUCAUCACCAUGUGAAUGUGCAUAAUAUUAACUGGUUUUGCUCCUGUUCCAUUUAUAAUAGCAGAGAUAUACAUUUGUUAAUUUAUGACACUUGUUAUUUUGAAAUCCAUUUUGUAUAGAUAUAUUUUGUUAUAAACUUUUUCAAUAUUAUUUUUUUCAUCAAAAGUUUACAUGAAAAUCAAAAUUGUUAUAUAUGCAAUUGUAGAUUGUUAUAUUUUUCUAUUCGCACAUAAAUUUAUAUAAAAUCAUAAUUUUACAACAGAAAAUAAAACGUAUAUCACCUAACAA